GUAGGUUUUCCUCGACGAUAUCAGGUGUGAUACGCUGUAGUUGCACAACGCAGAAAAUUGCAACAUUAAAAAAAACUAAUGCUGCCAUUAGGACAAAGUGUUACCAUCAAGCGUGCAAUUAUGUAUACAGGAUAUGAAAUAAGAAGCGAAACGCAGAUUAAAAGAAAGGAAAAGGCAUCAACCGAGAGAGACAAGGAUCACAUAAUAUACAAUCCACAUAAAUAAGCGCGACAUUAUUGUACCGGAAUAAAGGACGAAAUUGCAACUGACCAGCUGACCAAGUUGCAUUAAAAAGAUCAAGAUAAAAUAACCGAGAUAUUUUCGUCGGCAUUAUUAUGACCAGAUUAUUCACAUUAUAUUCGAGGAAAAAUGGGUCAAGGACCAUUGCAGCAUCAACUUUCAUCGAACACUCGUACACCUGGCCGAUGAACGGCCGAUGAGCGCAAGGCGCUACCUGACAAGAAUGAGCACGUAGGGCACGCGGGCGCGAGUAAAAGGGCGGCGAGUAAGGGAGGGUGCGUUCGCCGGCGCUGCGCUGGCUGGAGAACAGAUUAUCAAAGUCCAACGAAACAUAUUUCCAGACCUUUAGGCGCUGAUUCGAAUAAUAAAUAUCUUAGUUUCCAACUAAUAUAAAGGAGAUUUGAAAUUUCUAAUGAGCAAAGUUGGCACGUUCCUGGUAAUACGACAGAAUCGUGUUAAACUGCGAGGGAAGUGCUGUCAUCUCUUUGGAAGAAAUUCCGGAUAAUCAGAGUUAGGAAGAAAGCAGAGAGCACAAGAGAGCUGAUCGAUUGAUCGUCACGACAAAGUUAGCAGCUCUUUCAUCUCGAUGCGUGGAUGACCAGACCCGGGGUGCAAAACUCCGCGAUGCGCGUAAAUCGUUAACUGAAGCUUCGUGAGCGAGGCACGUGUCGCUUGUCGUGACGUUUAACGAGAUUCUGUGGUAAAUGCAGUGUGCAGUAUCGUUCGCGUGUGUGUGUACGUAUGUAUCUGUGUAUGUAUGCGUGUAGGAUCUCAAUCGCGGCAACUUUUUCGCGUGAAAACCGCGAACGAGCACUUGGCCGCACGCGACACGUUUUAACACGAAAUACAUCACGUACAUACAUACGUAACCGCGUAGUGGUGUAGUAACAAUUCGCGGCUGAUAAUAACAGCUCGAGCGCAAUAGUUAAGUUCGUGAUCCCGUGUGUAUGUGACUCUGUGUAUAAAGUAUAUUACGUGCUAUUUCGCGCGGUCGGUCCGGUUCGUUGCGGCGCCAGCGGAUCGUCGACCACAUAAAGUCGCGAACUCGGAUUUUCCACAGGCGGAUUACAAACUCGACGCGAAUACCUGUUGCCAAUAAUCCCGUGGAUUGAAUUUUUCAUUUGCUAAUGGAACUCUCGCGAUGGAAUUUGAUUCACAGCAUUCGAAAUGCACGGCGUUAGAAACUACGUAUUUUUUAUUCUCUGGCAGGAACACGGAAUCAAAACUGAAAUUUUUCUCGUCGUUACAAAUAUGAGAUCUCUAGAAUAAUUAAAAAUUAAUAAACGUGUAUUUUUUAAAUUUCUUGUACUGAUUUUCCCGUUGAAAGGACUGUCAAAAUUUGCAGUAUAUUAAAAAGAAAUUUGGUUUAAAGGCGUCGCUCGAGAACAAUUUUAAUUAGGGGCUAAAUCGAUUCGGAAUCUGAUUCGCGUUAUUUUCGACUAGUUACGACAUACAUCAUCUCGCAUUCCGUCGACGUAGAGAGUUGUCUAAUGAAUACAUUAAUAAUCUCAUUUGUGAUCUCAUGUGUGAACUUUGUCUCUCGAUUCCAGAAUUGAAAAAAAAUGAAACGUAGUGAAAUAAUCAUACUCUUUAACAAAAAAGUGUAGAAAUAUUUUGCAUACGUGCGUUUUCUCCUAGGAUGAUCCCAUAUCUAACUACGAAUCAGCCAGCCCGAUGCGAAAGACCGCUGAUACCCCUUAAACGCGAGGUUUCCCCCGUUUCCGAGAGCUACGAGAACAACUUCCGGCUCGUUCCCGCGAGGCGGAAUUCGCAGAGAGAAAUAGGAACCCCCUUUCGCACUACACUACUAAAGUCGCACUGUUAAACGUGUGUGGGAUCUCCCUGUGUGCGGUGUGCGCGGCGCGCAAAGGCGGGCCGCCCAAUUAAUUAAGAUAGCUCCUAGACACACACGCUAGAUCGAUAGGGACCGGCCGCGAUAAAGACUGGCGAGGGUCUCAGACUUCAGGGAUGUUGCAGUGCUGUGGUGUUGGAGGUGGCGCUUCCACGGCACCUCACGCUCCGCAGCUGCAGGGUACCGGAUCCGCUGUCGGGGCUACCACCUCCACGAGAACCACCAUCAUGCAGGACGCAGUUCUCGAAUCCAUCUUGGAGCAAAUGCGGGAGACGAAAGCCCAGCGAGCGGAGCUGGAGAGGCAGCACGCGGAGGCACAGAACCAGCUACGGGAGAAGAUAGCAGGACGCUAUCAGGGUCCGGAGUCAGUCGAGGCACUGCAAUCGAAGAUCCGGGAGCUUGAAAAGAAGACGGAACUGCAGAUGGUGAAGCACGAGGAGCUGUCGCUGGAGCUGACCACCCUGGAGAGACGUGCACGUAGCAGAGGACCGGUCGUAGGGCACGUCACGUCCAGUGUCCCGACGUCCACUUGGCCACCAGCUGGUUCUGAGAUCGAUAGAAUCAUUGCCAAGAUCGAGCAAGACAAUAGGUAUUGCGCCGGCAGAAUGUUACACGAAUUGGAUCACACGCGGAGCGCAAUAACCACGCAGCAACCCUCGGCUACGCAAGGCAUCCUCCGCUCCAGCUCGGAGAAUCUCCCUAACCUCGGCCAGCAUCAACACCCACCUCAUCCGCACGCCCUCAACCUCGGAAUGCCUACUCAGCUGGGCCAUGGGUACGCAGGCUCACCAAUGCCAUUAACGCCGAUGAUGCCUGGCUGUCCUCCGCUGACGCCGAACGGACCACCGUAUCACUACAGUGAGCCGAUACCACCGGCGCCGUCACUCUCCAGCAGCCAGUCGCAGCCCGCUUUCCAACAGAAAAUCCAACAAUAUCAACAGUCGCAACAGCAUGAUUUAUCGAGUUCUCAUUCCCAAGGCGCCCUCCCGUCGCAACAGAAGCAACAAACGCACACUUCACACUUUACAAGCAAUCAGUAUCAGGAAAGCUAUCCACACACGCAAACGUAUCAACAGCCGCUUCAACAACAACAGCAACAACCGCAGCAACAUCCGGCCUCGACUACGUACCUGACAUCGGCCAGCCAGAGUGUGAUACCUCACUAUACACAGCCUGCCCAAACCGCUCAGAAUUAUCAAUUGAAUGGCAGUCAACAGGCAACGACAUAUCCUAAUUUGUCCUUGGCAUCGCAUCCGAAUGGGACUUACAGCACGGGCGCAACCAGCUUCAACACCCAAUUACCCCAUCAUAAUUAUAGUGUGCCGCAGACGAAUCUCCCACAGACUACGUUGUCUUCGCUGUACUCUACCACGUCUUAUCAUUCCACUCUUGGAGGCCUCACGAGCGUACCCCAGUCUGUUCUUCCUUACUCCACCGGUCAAAGCACCUUCGCCACGAGUGGAUCGACUUAUUCCACUACCGUCGGGACCAACGCUUAUGGGACGUCGGGCGUAAGCUCAGGUACUAGUUCGGGAGGCCUAUUACAAGCAAUAGGCGAUCCUCUGCAAGCGAUGCAACAACUUUCCGCCCAAUCGCAGGCCAAUCAGCUUCAACAGCAGGCAAUCAUCCAUCAGAUCCAGCAGAGUUUGCGCGCCAGCUCGCCGACCGCGCCCGGUACCGCGACUGGCCAUCAUUUUCUGGGUCCUAGACAAAUGCCGAAGAUUCCUACGAGCAUACUGACGAAUCCCUUGGACCGAUUGACCAACACCGAAGACAUUAUGGCCGAGGGUCAAGUGGAUAUGCUGGAUGUGCCUGGCAAGGGCAGAUGUUAUGUUUACAUAGCCCGUUUUAGUUAUGAACCAUUCCAGCAUUCGCCGAACUCGAAUCCGGAAGCGGAACUGCCAGUCCAGGGUGGCGAUUAUCUCCUAGUUUGGGGCCAACCAGACGAGGACGGUUUUCUGGACGCGGAGACGCUCGAUGGUAGACGUGGUCUGGUGCCGGCCAAUUUUGUGCAGAAAUUAGUCGGCGAUGAUCUAUUGGAGUUUCAUCAAGCCGUCCUCGGCCUCAGAGAUGUAGAUGAUUCCGCCUCGACGAAUAUUCCUCAAUGCUAUCUGCAGGAUAUUGAUCUAGAAUUAGCCGCGUUGGAAGAAGGUAACCGGAAUCGUCAAGCAGAACUGUCUGCGUAUGCGGAACUCGACAAUAUCGCGGAGGAGGAUGAACAAGAACCACCAGAAGUCUACAUGUUUUCGGACCUAGUUCCGGCGCCGCAGCACCUCACGCUCGAACGGCAGCUCAACAAAAGCGUGCUGAUCGGAUGGACAGCGCCCGACAACACGCACCAACUUGAGUCCUAUCACGUGUACGUGGACGGAGUGCUGAAGGUCACGGUGAAGGCCACUGAGAGAACCAGGGCCUUGGUAGAGGGAGUCGAUUCCACUCGGCCGCACAGAAUAAGCGUGCGUUCGGUCACGCAUUCGAGAAGAACAUCGCGCGAUGCUGCUUGCACGAUGGUAAUCGGUAAGGAUGUCGCACUAGGUCCGACCGCCGUCAAGGCGUCGAACGUCACGGCGACUAGCGCUGUGAUAUCUUGGCUACCCAGCAACAGCAAUCAUCAACACGUUGUAUGUGUAAAUAACGUGGAAGUGAGAACCGUGAAGCCGGGCGUUUACAGGCAUACCAUCACUGGCCUGGCUCCGUCGACGAUAUAUAGGGUGACCGUAAAGGCGAAGAACCUGCGGGCGACGCACUUCGAGGACCAAAAUGCUCAGGCGGCAAAUAACCUGGCCUGCCACGUCCACUUCAAAACGUUGCCCAAGGGAUUGCCGGAUCCUCCGGUCGAUAUCCAGGUGGAGGCUGGACCGCAGGACGGCACUUUGCUAGUGACCUGGCAGCCUGUUGCCCUAAACGGUUCGGCCGUCACCGGUUACGCGGUGUACGCCGAUGGUAAGAAGGUCACCGAUGUCGACAGCCCCACCGGCGAUCACGCGCUCGUCGAUAUACACAAGCUCAUGGGUCUCAAUCCGAAGCACAUUACCGUCAGGACUAAAAGCAGAGAGAGUCAGUCGGGCGACAGUUGCGCAACUGCGAUACCCUGCAGCGUGCUUCGCGGAGGACCUACAACUCACAUGCCGCCUCACGGACCUCCGCAUAUGAUGGAUCAACGGCAGCAACAAUCCACCGGUAUGAUUCCCCAACAGGAUGAUCCCACUCGUCAUCGCAUGGCUGGUGGUGUAGGUCAGCGUUAUCCAAAUGCUCCGAUGCCCUCACACAUGCGACGACACGUGGGCAACAGGGUGGACGCCCAUGGUCAGGUUAUCAUCGAGACAGACGAGAAUCUUUCCGACAAAGAGAUCUAUCCCGGACAGAGUAUUCCUCAAAUGGGUAUUCCAGAGAUCACGAAGGAUUCUGCGAGCGAGGCAAAUUACAGCGAGGAGGACGAUCCCACGCGAAGAUCUCGAGGAAUGCCGCCACAGCAUCAUGGCCCACAUCAUCGUUAUGGUCCCCAGAUGGACUCACAAGGUCCACCUGGAACACAUAGGUCUCCAAGCAUGGGUGGUCCUAGUGGUAGACCUCAAGAUCCUUAUUAUGAUCAAACAGGAGCUCAAAGAGGAAGAGGUCCAGUUUACGGUCGUGGUGGACGCGCAACGCAAGCUCAAGGUGGAGUGGGUCACCCAUCAGGUGCAGCUCAACAGAUGAACAAGAGACAGCGAUGGUUCGUGGCGCUGUUUGAUUACGAUCCCACAACCAUGUCACCAAAUCCAGACGCAUGCGAGGAGGAAUUACCAUUUUCCGAAGGCGAUACCAUCAAGGUGUACGGCGAGAAAGAUGCCGAUGGUUUUUAUUGGGGAGAGUGUCGUGGUAGACGAGGAUACGUUCCUUACAACAUGGUAGAGGAGCUUAAAGAUCCACCGGGUCAAGCUCAACCUGGUAGAAGAGGACCUGCACAGAGCGAGAGAUGGGGAGAUAUUUACGCGAGUAUGCCUGUGAAAAAGAUGAUAGCCCUCUAUGAUUACGAUCCUCAUGAAUUGUCUCCCAACGUCGAUGCUCAAGUUGAAUUGACGUUCCAAACUGGGAACGAGAUCUACGUUUACGGCGAUAUGGACGACGACGGCUUUUAUAUGGGUGAGCUGAACGGCGUGCGCGGUUUGGUGCCGAGCAACUUCCUCACCGAAGCACCGGGACAGAAUCAGGGACAGCCGCCGCCUGGUGGCAGACGACCCGGCGGUCAAAGUCAGGGACCGGGCGCGAGAGGGCCGCCGCCGCCUCCUCGGGAACCACCUCCGGCCGGUCAUCGACGCGGCAAAGAUGCCUGCAUUGUGCCUGUGUCUGUCCCUGUCUGUCACUUAGACUCUAGACAACUACAACAACAACCACCACCAUCACUAAUGAACAACCAACAACAUCAACUACAACAUCAAAACAAUCCACCGCAUCUAGCCUACCAACAAGCGAAUCACCACAGCUACACGACCGUAACCACGUCCAAUCAGCAUGGGCCCAGUCACUUGCCACCCGGCGGCGGUGUCAUGGGUGCCCAUCAGCAAGGUCCCGUACCGCCCCACCUUCAGCAACAGGGGAAGGGGAGGGGCGGCGUGGUCAAUCGGGUCGCUGGUAGUAACAUGCCGGGUAUGCCAGGCCAACAGCAGGACUAUCAGGGCCAGCCGAAUCAGCCGUAUCAACAGCAGCCGAAUCAGCCGUAUCAGCAGCAACAAUCGGGUAUGGGAUACCAGCAGCAGCCUGGCCAGCAACCGUUCCAACAGCCGCAGCAGCAGCAGCAACCGGGCCAGCCAUUUGCGCAGCAGAAUCAGCCGGGUGGAAUGCAGAUGCAGCCUGGAAUGCAGCCUCCUCAGAGCACCAGCAAACCCAUGAGAGGAAUACCGGCGGUGCUGCCUACGGCGCAAUCCAAGACGCAGCCUAACCCGCAGCAGAAUCAGCAGCAGCAACAACCGCAACAGCAGAGCACCGGGCCGAAUCUAAUGCAGAAGUUCACCGAGAUGGCAGGCGCGAGCGCUGGCGGCGACAUACUAUCCAAGGGCAAAGAACUGAUCUUCAUGAAGUUUGGAUUGGGCAAGUGAGAAGGAGCGAUCGUUGAUGGCGCGACGAUGGUGACGGUAAUGAUAAUAAUGAUGAUGAUGAUAAUGACGACGCGUUAUCGUGGUUGUUUUCUUCGUUUCUUCCUUUUCGCGUUCGACGUUCACGUUUGACGCGUGCGCGAGUCGAUCUCUCGGCAAAUUGUGUAAAAAAAUCAGUAUUACGACGUUGUUUCAUGGUGAAAAGAAAUACGUAAUGACGAGUAAUCUCGCUGGACAUGUUGUUGAUGAAGAAAAGGAGAAGGAUGAAGAGGCGGAGAAUCUGCGCCGCCAUUGCUGCUGCUGCUGUUGUUGCUGUUGUUAUCCGCUAUUAAUAACCGUUAAUUGUGCGUGUUGUAAAAAAAAGAGAAAGAAAGAAAUUGUUGCUGGACAAGUAUAAUAAUCGAGGAUAAAUUUCGGAAGAGAAAAAGGAUGUUCGGUAGAUACCGCUCGGGAUCGGAAAAGCGAGGUGCAAGGUCCAUGCUGAAAAAAAUCGACACAGACGAUUCCAUCGAUCGAGAAGAGACAAGAGAUAUGUAUGAGAUUCAUCGAACUUCUUCUUAAUCCUUCUUCUCCGAAAUCUUCUUCUUCUUCGCGCGACAUAGGAUCCUUGAUCGGUGUUGCACGGUCUAUUAAACAAAAAUAUAUAUAUAUUUACCGAUUGUUCGCCUGUUAAGAAUCUCCCAACAUACUCGAGAUAAUCAAUACCAGGAACAUGGAGCGCCAUAUUCAAUUAUCAGCGUCGUGUCUUAAAUAAAUAAAUCGCGUAUCCGCGCGAUUGUUUCUUCCAAUCUCUCUUCGUCAUCUUGGAACCUCGCUUCGUUACUCGGAACCGCUUAUGGGAGAAGAUAAACCUUUUCCGCGACUGUAUCGAAUUCGAGAAGAGAAGAAAAGCGUGCAAACUUAGCGUAGCGAAAUCGGAUAAGUCGAAAGCCGGAUGUUUUGUCACGCGGACGGAAGAGAGGUGGAGGCCGACCUAGAGAGGGAUAUAACCAUAUCGUCGUAUAGGAGUGAGGACGCGACAACAACAUGGGUGUGCCUUGGAGAACCGUCUCACCCAGCAGCAACCAAUAAUCAUAUCUCUAAUCGAUAAUUCUCUAGCUAUUUUUUCCUUUUCUCGUGGAAAUAUCGAGAGCCGUGGCGGCGCAUACACAAAUAAACGAUGACGAUCUCUCGUCUUGACAAUUUUCUCUUGUUCCCAUGAGUGUGUAUGUGUGUGUGUGUGUGUAUAUGUGUGUGUGACUGAUAAGAAGCUCUUUUCCCCCUCUCAUAUGUCCGCUAUCCUAUAUCAUCCUCCCUCGCUUCUACUUUAGCAUCCUCUCGGAUGGACCCGCGCGCGUAAAAUUAAAAUUGAGAAAGAGAGAAGUAUCUCGGUCCCCCGCAUUUUCUCGGAUGAAUCUCGGGUUUGGGAUCGCUUGUUCGAUCAAAAGAGAAUCGAUUCGGGGACGAUGUGUCUAAUAUGGGGCCGUCCUAAAUGGCGCACAAAAAUCGGGAGCGAAACCGAGCGAUGGCAAACACCAAUGAGAUGCAGAUAGACGUGAAACACUAUUCGAUCGUUCGAUCGGGACACGCGAAUCGGUCGCGAAUCGAACGAUGACUAUAUAUCAUAAUGUGUGUGUGUGUGUGUGUGUGUGUGUGUGUGUGUGUGUGUGUAUGUGCGUGUGCGUAUGUGUGAGAUAUGGACGAGAUGGAACGGGAGAUCAUAGCGUGUACGCGCGUAUUAAAUGAUAACGAGAUAUGCAUAUGCAUAUACAGAUAUACAUAUAUAUAUACAUAUAUAUACAUAUAUAUAUAUUAUAUUUAACUAUUGCAAAAUGUUGUUACAUCGCUACUUGUAUCGUAUUUUGUACAAAGUAUCUUUACAUUCGAUUGUUUUCUUUCGCCAAGGUAUCUUUAACGAGGACAAAAAAGAAACAAUACGGCGGAGGAAGAGCGACGAAUUUUUUCUGGAUCCACUGUCGAAUCACUUCAUCAUCAUCAUUAUCGUUAUCAUCAUCAUCAUCAUCAUCAAGAAUCAUCGUCGCGCCAUCAACGCGAUCUUGUCUUUAAUUGUUAUUAGUCGCGCCUACCCUUGUGCGUGUACUCGCUUUUCAUGUGUAUAUGUUUUCUCGGCGACAGUGAAUACAUACACAUACAUAUUAAUAUAUAGCGAAGCAAAUUUGAAUUUUUAAAAGAAAGAAGCACCACGUACAGAGAGAUAAUUAAUCCUGUUGAAAAAUGAAAUAAUCUCUAGCAAAUUUGAGAUUUAAUCCUUUCACCUUUAUUGAGAUCAUACAUCAAUUACAAUGGUUUUUUUUUUAAAGAAGAAAAUCUAAUAAUCUAAUAAUAAUAUUACGCGAUUAAACUUUGUUAAAGUUUAGAAUGUUAAACAUUCGAAAGCGGGAUUGAAAAGAUUACUUCUGCGAUAAUAAAAUAAUGUAAAAAGAAGUAAAUCUCAUGUAUACGUUAUUACGGACCAAAGCAAAGUCUCUUACAUCAGAAAGUCUAAAUUUAUCGGACUAAGUAAAAUAACUAAAUAGAUAAUUUUUUAUUUAGCGCGUGAUGAGUCUGUGUCCUAGCUACUUUACGAUUUUAAUAGUUUAUCAAUUAAAUAGUUUUUCAUAUAAAUAAAGAGGAAAAAUUUAUCAAAGAAACUCGAAUAAGACUAUAAGAGAAGUAUUGUAUAUUGACAUACAUAUAUAUAUGUGAAAGGAUUAAUCGAGGGAAUCAGAUAGUAUCUCCCUGACGCGGUGCUUAUUUUCUCAUCAUCAGGCAAUCUUGCUUGCGGACGAGCGAGUCUGUGCGAAUCAAAAGUAUAUCACAGACAGAUCUCGAGGCUCGAAACAAUUUUUUUUUGCUUUUUUUAUUUUAUCGUCCAAAUCUGCGAUUUGCGAUUCGCGAGAAAAAUUCGCGAUGAUGUCUCGACUCCGCGUAUUUGAGCCUUGCGAUAUGAAUGUUGGAACGCUCGCUAAAAAUUAUUUUCGCUUCGUUGUGUAUUUUUUGAUUAGAUUGUACAUAUAUUAUUAUAUAUAUGCGCUUCGCUAAGCGUAAGAGAAAGGAAAAUAACGAUUGCUCGUUUAUAGAACUUAAUACUACACGACUGGAUUCGGGUGGUUGAUAGGUAGUCGAAUUGAAAAAAAGGAUUGGAAAUUCUUCGUUUGUGUAGAGUACGUCCCUUAUCGUGUACACGCCAGCUUAUUCUGCGACUUUUUUGUUUAUUAAAAUUAUCUUUCUCCCUCUAACACGUGAUUCGCCCUGUAUUACAACAACAACACCGUUAUUCAUAUCCGAAUAUCGUAAUCUUGAUUCAGGCGAUGUGAAAAAAAGACUGAUACCAAAGUUUCCAAAUGCGCCCCCUCCCCCUUCCCGCGAAUAUAUUAUAACGAGUACCGAAACACUAAUAGAGCGAGUGUUUGUAUCUCUCGUACAUAUAUCGCGAUAUAUCGUUGUAUGUGUUUUCUCGGUUGUCUCCUGCGUUUUCAUAUCUCUAUAGUAUAUAUAUAUAGCCGUGUAUAGUACUUUCGCGCGAGCGAGAAAGUAUACAUGUUUGUUACAAACUUAAAAAAUUGAUUAUAGGCGUAAAGAGAGGAAAAAAUGAGAGCAAGAAUUAUAUGUAGAGUUGUCGAUUCGAGCUGGUUCCAAUAGAAGAAAGCGAA